UUGGCGUUUCUUCUUACGAUAUAUUUUUACGUUAUUACCCAAGUUUUGUAUGCUAUCUGCCUUUGCAGUAUCAUCACAACAAGCAUCAUGUCUUGCUGUAAGACUGUCCGGUGCAGAAGACAGUGGGACUUACACACUGGAUGUAGACGGACAAGGCCCUCUGGCGGAAUUGGACGUGUACUGCGACUUCUCUGGUCUGGAUACGAUGACUGUUCUACACCACAACAGUGAAGACAGAGCAAGAAUAUCAUCAGGAGGUGAUUUUCGCCUCCAGCUUACCUACCAGGGCAGUUUGGAGCAGAUCCAGGCUGUUGUACAGAGAUCAGUCAGCUGCCAACAGUUCCUGAGAUAUGAGUGCAGGAACAGUCCACUUAGACUGGCAGAAAACGCCUCCUGGUGGGAGACCCCAGAUAAUAGUCGUGUGUACUCCUGGGGCGGCACGGGUGGCCAGACGGGAUUGUGUCGUUGUGGUACACAGCAGAACUGCCAGCCCAGCCCCGACCAAUCCUGUAACUGCGACGCUAACGACACGGUCUGGAGAACGGACGAGGGAUACCUGACGGACAUGACGGCUCUUCCCGUGGUUAACGUAUCCUUAACAGCGAGGGAAGGAGAGGGAUAUCUGACAGUGGGGCCACUCACAUGUGUGGACCAACCAGGUAGGAAUUAGACAUUUUCUAUCAAAUACUAGUAAUUAGAAAUGCAUCCAAUAGUCAACUAUUGCUUGCUGUGAUGGAAAGAAUUAACAUGUGCCUUUAAUAGUAAUAAUGGACUAAACUGGCCAGGAAAUGUCUUGACUGUAGA